CCUGGGAACCUGAGAUGAGCAGAGGCUGCAGUGUCUGUCAGUCUGUCAACUGCUGAUCCCUGAGGAAGGAAGGAAGAGGUCUCAGGAAGGGACAGACCUUCAUCAAGCCCUGGGGACUAACUCCCAAGCCCCAAUAAGUCCCCACUCAACUGUGCUCUGUCCACCGUGCCUGCUGCAUGUCCUGCUGCCCUGAGCUGUCCCUAGCUAGGUGACAGUGUCACGCUGCCACCAUGAAUGAGGUGUCUGUCAUCAAAGAAGGCUGGCUCCACAAGCGUGGUGAAUACAUCAAGACCUGGAGACCCCGGUACUUCCUGCUGAAGAGCGACGGUUCCUUCAUCGGCUACAAGGAGCGGCCUGAGGCCCCCGACCAGUCCUUACCCCCCCUAAACAACUUCUCUGUUGCAGAAUGCCAGCUGAUGAAGACUGAGCGACCGAGGCCCAACACCUUUGUCAUACGCUGCCUGCAGUGGACCACAGUCAUUGAGAGAACCUUCCAUGUAGAUUCUCCAGAUGAGAGGCAAGAGUGGAUGCAGGCCAUCCAGAUGGUGGCCAACAGCCUCAAGCAGCGGGAUCCUGGUAAGGCUUACGAGUGUGGCUCCCCCAGCGACUCUUCUGCAGCUGAGGAAAUGGAGGUGGCCGUUAGCAAAGCGAGGGCCAAGGUGACCAUGAAUGACUUCGACUAUCUCAAACUCCUGGGCAAGGGCACCUUUGGCAAAGUCAUCCUGGUGCGGGAAAAGGCCACCGGCCGCUACUAUGCCAUGAAGAUCCUGCGGAAGGAGGUCAUCAUCGCCAAGGAUGAAGUCGCCCACACGGUCACCGAAAGCCGGGUUCUGCAGAAUACCAGGCACCCCUUCCUUACUGCCUUGAAGUAUGCCUUCCAGACCCAUGACCGCCUGUGCUUUGUGAUGGAGUAUGCCAACGGUGGAGAGCUGUUCUUCCACCUGUCCCGGGAGCGUGUCUUCACAGAGGACCGGGCCCGCUUUUACGGUGCAGAGAUUGUCUCGGCCCUCGAGUACUUGCACUCACGGGACGUGGUGUACCGAGACAUCAAGCUGGAAAAUCUUAUGCUGGACAAAGAUGGCCACAUCAAGAUCACUGAUUUCGGCUUGUGCAAAGAGGGCGUCAGCGAUGGGGCCACCAUGAAGACCUUCUGUGGGACCCCUGAAUACCUGGCACCUGAGGUGCUGGAGGAUAACGACUACGGCCGGGCCGUGGACUGGUGGGGGCUGGGCGUGGUCAUGUACGAGAUGAUGUGCGGCCGCCUGCCCUUCUACAACCAGGACCACGAGCGCCUCUUUGAGCUCAUCCUCAUGGAGGAGAUCCGCUUCCCACGCACGCUUAGCCCCGAGGCCAAGUCCCUUCUGGCCGGGCUGCUCAAGAAGGACCCCAAGCAGAGGCUCGGCGGGGGGCCCAGCGAUGCCAAGGAGGUCAUGGAGCACACGUUCUUCCUCAGCAUCAGCUGGCAGGAUGUGGUUCAGAAAAAGCUUCUGCCGCCCUUCAAACCUCAGGUCACAUCUGAGGUCGACACAAGGUACUUCGAUGAUGAGUUCACCGCCCAGUCCAUCACAAUCACACCCCCGGACCGCUAUGACAGCCUGGGCUCCCUGGAAAUGGACCAGCGGACCCACUUCCCCCAGUUCUCCUACUCGGCCAGCAUCCGAGAGUGAACGGCGCCAACACCUCAGGACGCACACACAGCUGCCAGCGCCACCGAGGGCUUCUUUCUUUUCUUUUUUACUUUUUAUUUUGCCUUUUUGUUUGUGUCCUCAUCCCUCACCUCCCCACCCCUCACUUCCAGUUUUUCUUCAGCCCUCUCCGCGCCCCCUCAGCGGCCCCUGCCUUCAUCCCGUGCUGCCCUCACCUCUGUGCCCAGAUGUGGAUUUGGGGGAUCCACCACCUGCCCCAGAACCAGGCCUCUGGGCAGUUGGCGAUUCCAGUUUUUAAUCAACACGAGUCCCAGGGAGGGGCUCCUUGAAGCCCCAGGGCCAGCCUGCCCUCGGCCGCUCUCGUCCACGCCGCCUCAUGGGAUGUGGCUCCCAGUGGACAGCGCCUGUGCCACCUCGUGUCCCCACCGUGAGGCUCCGGGGGCCUGGUGCGGGCAGUCAGCCCCUCUCCUCACAGGGGCAGCAAAGCAAUAAUGUCCAGAGACGGGCAGAGACCUUGGGACACUGUGGGCUGGGGGUCCAGAGCCCCCUCACAUGGGUGGAGACAGGCUCCUGUGGGGAGUAGGGGGCCCAGGACACGGGCUCUGCCUCCUCCCCACACCCUGGCCCCGUGCCUUACUAGGGCUUCCUGCCAGCCAGCCUUACCUCCUGCUGGACCCCGGGCCUGGCCCUGACCCCUUCUGCAGAUGGGGGCCAGGAUCACCCCCUUCUCUCUGCUUGGGAUGGAGGGGCGCCAGCCUCGGCUGUUACACAUCUCGCACCGAGACAGUAUUGGGCCCCAUAGAUGUGGGUCAAGGAUGGUUUAGGGGUGGGGGUCUCUGCUGUGUUCUAGGGUGGGAAGCCUCUGAGAAGGGAGGCCCCCAGGGCCCCUCCCCCCUGCCCCCUCCUUACCCUCCGGCCUCAUGUUCUGCAGCCUUAAGGUGAACAUGUGUCAGUGCUAUGGCACAAGCGUGGGUGCCUCUGACUGUUGUGUCCAUGGGCGUCCCUGUGUCUGGGACGCGAUGCACAUGGGGUGUGCGUGCGUGUGUGUACGGUGUGUGUGUUGGGCAGAUGUCCGGCCUCGAGUGUGCAUGUUGUGUGUGGGCUUGGGCCCAUCCCCGGCCCGAGCAUUUCAUCCCGUGGUGGUGGGAGGCUGGCCUAGCUGGGAAGUCACACCUGAGGGCCACUUGCUGCCCAGGCUCUCCUCCCCACCCCCAACAUCUCCAAGUGUUUGGAUUUGGUUUUUGUGGUUUUGAUCUCCCCACCCCACCUCUUGUACAAGUAGCUGACAGGAAGACAUCAUGGGGUGGAGUGGGGCUAGGGUUGGGGUGGGUGGGGUAGGUGGGAACUUUUUUCCUUUUUUGUGUGUGUAUGUCAUUCAUCUGACAAUUCUCCCUCCAUCCCCCUCCCUUGCCUUUCCCAUUACUUCUAUUUGUACGGUACAAGCAAUAAAAAAAAAAAAAAAAACUUGUUUCAGACCGGUAUCCCCCCACCCUGAGCCUACACUUGCUUACAGUCGGACUUCUAGCAUCAGCUGCCUCCAGUUCCUGUCCGUCUGUUCACAGGGUCUGUCUGUCUGCACCGCACCCCCCCCCCCUUGGGUGAGGUGGGUGAGGACAGAAGUUAUUGAAUUGGGAAGGGCCCCCGGCCUGGGCUGGGGGAGGGCCAGAUCACCCCAGGCCCUUGGCAGCUGUUCAGGCAAAAAGGUGGGGUGACUGGACAGGAAGGUGGAAUGAGAGAGUGGGUUCACUUCAAGUGGGCUUUGAGCCCUAGGAAGGAGGAAUGCUGCCUUCACCCCCCCCUUUCCCCACACUAAACUGAAGGUCCCACAUUUGAAUACAGAACCCUUGACAUAGUCGGGGGUUCGUGGUUGCUGUCAGCUGGGAACUUGGUCACAAUGGGAGGAGUCCUGUCCCCUUUACUCCAGAGUGCCCUGACUGAGUCACCAUCUCCCCCAACCCCUUUCCAGAUGAGGAGACUGAGCCCUGGCAGAGGUGAACUUAGCGCCAGGCCAUGCCAGAAGGUGUUCCAAUACCACACACACAGUCUGAGGAACCCCCUCUCCGAUUUUUACUUUUUUUAUACUUGAGUAUUUUCCAGGCAUCUAUCCCUAUGUAUGUGUGUGUAUAUAGAUAUAUGUGGACAUAUAUUUGCUAGGGCAGAAUCUGAGAGGGGAGCGGGAGAUAGAGCGGAAGCUAAUGAGAGACACCUGCAGACCUGCUUUACUGCUUGAGAAGCUUCCCCCCUGUAGGUGGGGAGCAGGGGCUCUGAGCAGGGUAACGUGCGCUCAGCCAGGUGUGCCACCGGCCCCCUCAGACUCUUGGGAUCUUAAAGUGAGGGCGUUGGAGAAGGGAACCGAGUCUAGAAGUAAGCUGUAGCUACAGUUACUAUUCAAGGAGUAGUUUAGACUUUAUUGUGUAACUUGAAAAGCAUGGACAUGAGGUGACAGCAGGAAAAGCCCAUUUAUUUUGGGGAGCUCCUUGAGGUCAUUGUUGCCUCUGGGUUUCCAGUGGUUCCAAUGGGUUCUGCAGUCUAGGUCCCCUCCCCCCCAGCCAAAUUACAAGCAUUUACUUUGUUUCCAGAUUUUUUUCCUGCUACCAACAGUAUAAUAAUAAAGUUCAGUGAUCCUUACCACGGUUGUCUUUUUUUUCUUUUUUUUUUUUACCUCCAGGGUUAUUGUUGGGGCUUGCUGCCUCCACUCGAAUCCUGCUCCUAGAGGCUAUAUUUCCCCUUUUUGUUGCCCUUGUUGUUUUAUUGUUGUGGUUGUUAUUGCUGUCAUUGUUAGAUAGGAUAGAGAGAAGUCGAGAGAGGAGGGGAAGAAAGGGAGAGAAAGAUAGACAUCUGCAGACCUGCUUCACCACUUGUGAAGUGACCCCCCGGCAGGUGAGGAGCAGGGGGCUCAAGCCAGGAUCCUUAAGCCGCUCCUUGCGCUUUGUGCCAUGUGCACUUAACCUGCUGUGCUACCGCCCAACCCCCUUUUUCUUUCAUUUUUCCCCCCCUAAACCAGUGGCUUAUGGUGGUGCUGGGCAUUGAACCUGGGACAUUAGAGCCUCAGGCAUGUCUUAUGCAUCACCACCGUUCUGUGUACCUAGCCAGUGCUUGUGCUAUGCGUAUUCUACAUUUUCAGGGGUACUGGAUUUUAAUGUGUCGCGUAACUUUCCAAAUAAAGUCGUGAUUUUUUUUUU